GCGUAAUCGUUGUGUAGUUUUUUUCUGUUUGUGUUUUUUCAGGAGUGCGCAGCAGCUGCUCCAGUAAACUACUGCCAUCUUUACCUCAGCUUAACAGUUAGUUCAGAUUUUGGGCCCAGACAAUGGCUGGCGACAACGAGGACACCGCCCUGAAAGAAGCCAGGAGACGCGAGCGUCAGGUAACUUUGGAGAAUACUGACUCGGACAUCGGGUUUUGCGGCUGGCUGCUGGUCGGCCUCUCCCUCCUCCUCGUGCUGCUCACCCUGCCCUUAUCUAUCUGGAUGUGCAUCAAGAUCGUGAAGGAGUACGAGAGGGCCAUUAUCUUCCGCCUGGGGCGCAUUUUGCGUGGUGGAGCCAAAGGACCGGGUUUGUUCUUCAUCGUGCCGUGCACCGACAGCUUCAUUAACGUGGACAUGCGCACCAUCACCUUCGACAUCCCACCUCAAGAGGUUCUGACCAAAGACUCGGUGACAGUGAGCGUUGAUGGCGUGGUCUACUAUCGCGUCCAGAAUGCCACCCUAGCUGUGGCCAACAUCACUAACGCGGAUGCAGCCACGCGCCUGCUGGCCCAGACCACCCUGAGGAACGUGCUGGGCACCAAGAACCUGGCCGAGAUCCUGUCCGACCGCGAGGAGAUCGCGCACAGCAUGCAGUCGUCACUGGAUGACGCCACGGAUGACUGGGGAAUCAAGGUGGAGAGGGUGGAGAUCAAAGAUGUGAAGCUGCCCCUCCAGCUCCAGAGAGCCAUGGCGGCUGAGGCAGAGGCGAGUCGCGAGGCCAGAGCCAAGGUGAUCGCCGCCGAGGGGGAGAUGAACGCGUCGCGGGCGCUCAAGGAGGCCUCCCUGGUGAUCGCAGAGUCUCCGUCCGCCCUGCAGCUGCGCUACCUGCAGACCCUCAACACCAUCGCUGCCGAGAAGAACUCCACCAUCAUUUUCCCGCUGCCGCUGGAGAUGAUGCAGGGCCUCAUCAAACACUGAGGAGGCUAAAAUCCACACACUAACACAGCACGGAUCACCUGACAUAUUACACAGUCCCUCCCUCUGUUAGGCAUUCCUCUGUAACCAUCAGGUAACCGAGUGGGCUUAUUUUCAAGGUUUCCUAUUAAUAAGCCACGAAUUAGUAAUUAUUGGUGUGGCACAGAUGAUAGAAAGUUAUUAUAUAUAACACUGCUGGGGUGGGUUUUAUUGUGAAUUUCCACUUGUGGUGUUUUGCAGUGAACCAUGGCAAACACACCUACAGCAGCCCGAUUUACUGCUGUAGAAGCCUUGAGGCAAAGCCUAAGCCAAACCCCUUUUUUACAUAGCAGGGAUUGAAACCCAUAAUUAAUUAUAUUAGGGCAUUUUACAAGAUAUGUCAUAGAUUAAAAAAUAAAUAAACUGGGAUGAACACAAAUAGAGUCAUUAUAUUAAAAAAAAAGCAGUCAUAAAUGACUCCAGUCUGUCAUUUACAUAGCUCUGUGGCUGUGGAAUUAAACCACUAGUGCUAAGAUGAUGCUUGGUGAGUUGCUCCCUGUGGUUUAUAAUACACUGCAUUGAGACGGUGGCAUUUUUAUUUCCUUCUUUCAUCUGAACCCAGCCUGCUGUGUUUAACCAGCAGCAGCACUCACACAUAGAUCAGGAAAUAAUAACUAUAUUUUCUUUUAGCAAAGCAAGUUUGCUCACUUCACUUUUCUGUUUAGCUGACCAGCCUCAGCUCUCCAUCAGCUCUUGUCCAUUCAGCAUGCUCGCUCAGUCAGUCCAGAGCCGGAGGUGCCAGACGCCCAGCAAAAUCUCCAGCGGCUGGCUCGGCGUGCCUGCCAAUAGCUGACCGCUGACUGAAUUCGGAAAUUGUGUAUGAGCCUUAAACCAAAUCAGCGAGAGUGCAGUUUAACUCUUAUCUUGUUACAUUUUGGUUACAAAUGUAGAAAUUGUGAGUUUAAGUGCCUGAUAGAUAUGUGGUCUACAGCUGCACACACACACACACACACACACACACACACACACACACACACACACACACACACACACACUGGUCUAUAUAUUUCUCAGCACUGGUACAGCUGCCAGCAUCUCAGUGCUGCAGUUAUUUAAAGUGUUUUCAUUAUAUAAGUAUUCUGACUGUACUGUCUGUUACUAUUGCCAAAACCUUACUGAAUGUGUUUUAGACUAAUUUUAAGUGUAAAACUCAGACUAACCUUAGACCUGACAUCAUCGUUGUUACCUUUACCUUUAGUCUCUCCCGCUCGUUGGAUGUGAUUGUGAGGAUGAAGGACAAAAAGCUGACAUGUUUGUGUGAAAUGUUGAAUUUGGGCUUCAAACCUUGAAUGCCGUGAAUAUUGUUAAUGUAAUGUAUUCCUGCCGAUGUUGAACUUCGCUCCACUGACCAUGAAGAAGCAGGGAGUCGUGUUUGAAUAAGCUGGUCAGAAAGCGAGGAUCAGUCAGAGUUACCAAGUAAUUAUACAGAAACAUACACACACACCUUUUCUCUAGUUGCCACUAUACUACUACAUUAUAAGCUGAAACAAGUCGAUGGUUGCUGAACUUGUGUGUUUACUCUAAACUCUCUAAUGAUCCACAGCAUGUAACAGGUGGACAAGCGGUUCAAACACCCACAGAUGAGCAGCCACACCUCAGUACAUGGCUGUCAGUUGUUUCUUUUAUUUUGUUCAUCCCGUCAACCUGUGUGGCUUCAUUGUCUGCUUAGGUGAAGCAGAGGCUGUAAAUCUUACAACCAAAAGCCUUAAUGUACUGACAUGUAUUCAUUUUACAGUCCAGUAUCACUCUAUGCACUUCUAUACAAAGUUAUCUAAAGAAGUUACUUUACCUAUUUUAUUUUUUUUAAUGAUAUUUUAUCACUUGCGCUCAAAAGCCAAAUACUAGCCUUUGUAUUAAUCUGUAUUAAUCUGUAGUAUAUCUGCAGUUUGCAUGUGUUUCCCUCUUUUUAGCAUUUCAAGAACAGAGUUUCUAAAUGGAGCUUGCAUUGUUUAGUCUGUCUGUGAUCAAGCAGUGUUUUAUAUAUAGAGCCCUGUGAAGUUUAUUAUAGUUUUGCUGUUGCCUCACGAAGGGCUCGCUUUUGUGGGACAAACAGGUUUAAGUUACCUGUCGCUGCAGGAUACAAAGGCUGUGACAUUAUACUACACUAACUUUUAUCUCUUUUUUUGCUGUUACAGUGAAAGAGGAGUAUCAGAUGCUGUGGAGCUUAUGUUAAGUCAAAACAUGUGUGUUGAAGUUGGAUUCAGGAUUAUUGUUGGUGUUUGCUUUGCUGACAAACGUAUAUGAUUUUGUCUUGAGAUAUGUAUAUGACAGAUAAAGGUGACAAAUAAAGAUCUGACUGAAAA